AUGGCUUACAAGCUCCUUGUCGGCGGCUACACUGCAACUAUCGCAACCUUGCUUUUCAAUCCUUCGAGCUCCGAGCUCUCAACCAUUGCUACGUCUCCUGCAGGCUACAGCCCGAGUUGGAUUGUUCAACAUCCAGCCAACAAGAGUGUCGUGUUCGCUACACAAGAGCUGUUACCCACAGGCUCAAUCUUGUCGUUCGUUGUCCAACAAUCUGGCCAACUUACGCAGAUCGGCUCAGCCAAUACAGGAGGUAGUGGUCCGGCCCAUAUGACCAUCAGUUCUAACGGGAAUGAGGCUGUUGCAAUGAAUUACGGAGCCGGAAGUGGCACCAACAUCCCCUUGGCAGCCGACAAAAUACACUUUGGAAAUCCAUAUCAAGCCGUAGCGUUCAAUGGUACUGGGCCCAACCAAAGUCGUCAGGAAAAGUCACACCCGCACCAAGUCAUCGAAUAUGGGAAUGGAGCGGACAAAAUUUGGAGGCUCACAAAGACUAGUUCCGGCGCACUUCAAAAUAGCGGUUAUAUUCAACAACCCUCUGGGAGCGGACCACGUCACGUGGUAACCAAAGGAACAACCCUGUACACACUUCACGAACUAUCAAGCACAUUGACUCAGCAAACCAUCCCAGCACUCGGGACAUCAACGCAAGCACCUAUCACAUCCUCGGUCUCCAUUAUUCCGCCCGGCUCCUCAAACCCAAGCGCGUUCACUGCGGCUGAGUUACUUCUUUCACCGAUAUCCAGUGCUUUCCCGAAACAAUACCUCUACGCCACCAACAGAGGGGAUUCUUCAAGCGAUGCGGUUACGAUCGUUGACAUUGAAGGGAACACACUAAAGAUCGUGGGCUAUGUGCCCACUGGCCUCAAGCAGCUACGAGGAGCGUCGCUCAGCCCCGGUGAUGGCAAAUAUCUCGCCCUUUCGGGCCAGGGAACUGGAGAUGUGGCCAUUUUCGAACGUAUUAACGGAGGUACUGGUUUGAAGCAAAUUGCUAAAGUAACGGGCUUUGAACAGCCAACGGCAGUGAUUUGGCUCUAG